AUAGACCCUCGGCAUCGUCUCUUCCCGUUCUCGUGCGGCCGUGCCUCACGAUCCAAAACUACCUCAGCUAGCUACCACCAACGCUGCCGCCAGCCAUGGCGUCGCCGCCGUCUCCUCCACACGCCGAAGGGGGCGCGAGCGCCGGCGCCGUGUGCUGCAUGUGCGGCGACCAGGGCCUCCCGGACGAGCUGGUCCGCUGCAGGCGCUGCCGCGUCCGGCUGCAGCACAGGUACUGCAGCGACCUCUACCCGAGGGCGGCCGCGUACAGGCGGUGCAAUUGGUGCCUGCGGGAGCCGGCGUCCGACCAGGGCCGGCGAGCGGGCCACGCCGCGGCGGCGGUGGCGAACAAGGCCGAGGAGAGGCGGAAGGCGGCGUCGGGGUCGUCGUCGUCCUCCGAUGAGGAACGGCGGCAGCGGCAGCGCCACGAGGGGUUCUCGUCGAGGAGGCCGCCCGCGGAGCCCGGACACCCGGUGAAGAAGAAGCACAAGGCCGAUCAGGAGAAGAUGCCGCCGCCGCCGCCGCCCCCGCCGGCGGAAGGGAAGGAGAUUGUUGCUGACGCCAGCGGGAGGAAGGAGGUGAUGCGGGCGGGGAAGACGCGGGCGAGCAGGGUCAAGGUGCGCCGGUACAAGCUCCUGGCGGAGGUCAUCAGCUGUUAGUAGCUAGCUAGCUGCGUUAAUCACCCAGGAAGGUCGAUGAGUAAUUAAGUUAUAGAGGAAGCAACCAUGGCGCCGCCAUGGAUCGACCGACCGAUCGAUCGCUAAUGGCCGAGCCAAUGUACAUAGACCAAGUUUGUAAGAAGGAUCGAUCGUGGCUACUGUAUCUAGCAUAUCGCUGGACUGCUAUAGCUUUACGAUAGAUUUGGGAGUUAGCCAGCGGCCAGCGGCCAGGCAGCUGACGAGCCGAAAUGCAUGCAUCCCAGAUCCGACUCGCCAGUCGCCACCAGCCCACCAGCAGGACUGCCUAUCAUCGUGCGAUGCAAGGCCACACGGUCACCGUUUCGUCCUGCUGCGUGUAGAUUCAGAAGUCAGAACCAAAGGCAUUGUGCAUCCAGAAAAGCUUUGCUUGUACGCGGAAUCAAAAGAUCACACGAUCAGCGAGCACUAACAUUGACUACUGCUCGAUCGAUCAGUAACGCCAAGGUUAACGAUGGAGUGUGACCCCUCCAAGAAGCGCGUACUAGUACUCUGCAUUCUGCAACCCCAGUUGCCCUUAAUUUCUCCGUUCAUUAU